AUGGGUUCUUCUUCUUCACCCUUUUAUUUUCGCCCUCUGCCGUAUUACUUUCUCCUCAGUCUCUCUCGCGGCGGCGUCUCCGGGAGUCAUGGUGGAGGACCGAAGGGAUCAGAGAGUGAUGAAGAUUUGUUUGAAAGCGGCAUCAAUACACAAUCUUUGGCGUUGAUAGCGUUGUAUUUUCGAUGGCUUAACAUCUCGUUCAUCACAUGUUCGAUGAAAGUACUGUUAUUGCUUGGAUUGCUGUUGAGGUUAUUGUUGCUUGGAGAGGGGAACAGAGAAGUUGUUGUGGCUGCGUGGAUACGAUGUGGUUGUUGUCGUAAAUGUCGAAAUAACGAUGGAAGGAGGAAAUCAGUUAUAAGGUCCUCAGAAACAGGUUGA